AUGCUAAACGUAUUACUAAAUGAUGGUGGAAAAAUUUCCUUCAAUGGUUGCAUCACCCAGUUUUAUUUUUUUGGUUUCUCAGAAACGUAUGAAUGUUUUCUUCUUACAUUGAUGUGUUAUGACAGAUAUUUGGCCAUCUGUAAGCCAUUGCAUUAUCCCGCCAUAAUGAAUAACCAGGUUUGUCUGAAACUAGUUGCAAUGUGCUGCAUUAUAUGUCUGCCUGUGGUUUUAGUUGACACCAUAUCAUUAUCUCAGUUACAGUUCUGUCGAUCAAAUAUUAUUGACCAUUUCUUCUGUGACCUGGGGCCUUUACUAGAAAUUUCUUGCUCAGAUACUUAUAUUGUUAAAUUGGAGGUCCUUUUACUAAGUACACCAAUCGUUAUCAUUCCAUCUCUUAUAAUUAUAAUAUCUUAUGCUUACAUUAUUUCUGCCAUCAUGAAGAUACAAUCUAAGGAUGGCAGGCAGAAGACCUUCUCCACAUGCAGCUCCCACUUAAGUGUGGUAAUUAUAUUUUAUGGGACUCUAUUUUCUAUUUACAUUAUUCCAAGUAUGGACAAUUUUGCGAACAUUAAAAAAACUCUUUCUUUGGCUUAUACAGUAGUAACCCCUUUGUUGAACCCUAUUAUCUAUGGUCUUAGAAGCCAAGAGAUUAAGAAAGCUUUGAAAAUGUUUUGUUUAUCAUAG